CAAAAAAAUGUCGACAUGAAAUGUAAAAUCUGUCUAGACUUUUUUUUAGUUUUUACUGGAUAGUUCUUGACUGUCAUUCCAACCGUUGGUAGGUGUGUAUGAAGCUGUGGGUAUUGUACUUACUAUCUCAGUAACAGCCUAUUUGCUCUAGCAUUGAAGACGCUCAAAUUUAAAUUUAAACGAAACAAACGCAGUGUUUCAAUCUUGAUGUGCGGAUGGAAGUCUUCGUCCUGAUGCAAGAAACAUCCCGAACAGAAGCACGGACACCAGCUCAGGCUUUGCUAAAUACAGAAAAAAUACCUAGCUAUUAAUGAUUAACGGUAAAAACAAUAAUACUGAAAUUUUCAUUGCAAUAUGUCACACGGAAUAACAUUUGAUUUCGUCAUAAUCAACAAUGCCAAGAACCGAAAUUGAAAUCACACGAAACUGCCUGACUGGUGCUCUAACAUAACUUAGACUGAAUAUGAGACUGCAACAGUGUGCCGGCGCUGUAUCUCGAUAGACGUUUUAUACAUCCGUGUACUGUAGAAGAGGAUAUUUCGUAUUCGUUUUAUCUAUAUCCACUGUUUGUAAUCAUACUCAUGUAAAUAUUGGGAAUGUGUCAAGAAAUGAGUUGAAGUCUAUCUUGUCAUUACUCGGGAUUCAGUUAACUCAUUCAAAGAAAUACACUCCCGCAACUUUCUCUUAAUUAAAACAAAUAAAUCUAUAGAAAUGGCUGUGACUGUACUUGUGAUAAAUAAACACUUAAAAAAUAGCUUCAUCGAUUACAACUCUGAGCUUAUUAAUUAAUUUAAUUGCUGUAUAAAUUGUCGACGACAAUCAAUAGGUGAAGCGCCUCGAGCCAAUGUACCGAGGUAUAUUAUUGUACUUAAGGACUUAAUAGAAUGAAAACAACAAAGCCACCGAUAAUUUUUUAUUAAUAUUAUGUUGUAUGGACUGUAGAGGUCCUUUUUCCAAGAGGACGUAAACCUUUAAUCACUAGAUUACAGCCAGUAUCAAUGCACAUUUAUUGUUCAUUGUACAUUAAACCAUAUCUUUGUUAGAGGUCACAGCUGUUCCUCACAAAACAAUUUGUUUUUUAUUAUCAUGAUCAUUAUCAAACUUUUGUCCGAAGAGUCUUCGCCUCGUCUGUUUAGUAGCAAGGGUUAUUUAAACAUUGUCAGACGUUUGGCUGUUCGUGUAUUAUUUAUAUCUGGAUUUCUUCCUCAAUUUUAUUUAUUUACGAUGGACAAACCAGAACAAACAUUACGAGAAACACUUGAAAAAGUUGCGAAAGAAUAUGGCUAUGAAAACUAUCAUAUAAUUCAGAAGGCCAUUUCAACCGAGGGAGCUUACUACACCACUGUUUUAUAUCAAGCAACUAUAAAAGCUCCAGAGAAGGAGGAACUCAAAUUAUUCGCGAAAGUCGCUGCUGUUGGAGAAAAUAUGAGAGCAGUCACGCCUUUAAAAAUGUUUGAGACGGAGAGCCUGUUCUAUAACAAGUUGAAUGAGAAAUAUAAAGAGUUAGAAGAUAAAUAUGACGUACCCGCAGAACACCGAUUCGUAACACCGAAAUUUUACGGCGAAUCCAAAGAAUAUUUAAAAGAAACUUUGGUGUUCGAAGAUUUAACAGCUCAGGGUUUCACGACACAUGACAGAUUUGAAUCUAUAGAUUGGGAGUACGCUUCCAAAGGUUUAGAAAAUCUUGCGAAAUUUCACGCCUUAUCAUUUGCGUUUUCUGCGUACGACCCAGACGGAUUCAAAGAGAUGGCUGUUUUGAAAGGUCGCCGUGACGUGGACGCAGCGCUGGCUUACUUUAAGAAGGUCGUAACAAACGCUACCCAAGUGACCAAGGAAGCGAACAGAGAACGUUUUUCCAAAUUUAUGAAUGAAUUAAUUGAUAGUAGAGACAUUGACAGAUUUUAUGGACAUCGCACACGGCCUGUUAUUAUUCACGGUGACUACAGGCCAAGCAAUUUAAUGCACAGAAUUUUAGACCACGGCAUGGAGAUGGUGACCGUCGACUACCAGACCUUGGAAAUGGCGAAUCCGAUCAUUGAUAUCUUGUUUUUUAUAUUCGUCGGAUCUGAUAAGAACUUCCGCGACAGACAUUUCCAUCAAUCCUUAAAUCACUACUAUGACGAAUUAUCCAAAGCUCUGAAGAGGUUUAGACUCAACCCUCAGGAAGUGUACGCCAGGGAGGAUUUCGACGCAGACUUCAAAGAGAUCUUGCCCGUGGGUCUGUUGCUGAGCGUGUUCUGUCUGCUGAUAGUGACCGUGCAGAAGGAAGACGUUCCCGUGAUGAAGGAGGUCCUCGACAUCGAAGACUUCUCCAUCGACCCCAACGUGAUGUACACCGAGCGACUCAAUGACGUCAUCGAUGACUACAUUAACAUGGGCGUUAUUUAAAUGUCGACGUACGAGAGGACAAACAAAAUGAAAAAUAUUUAAAGGACGUACUAAUUUAUGUGUCAGUAUACUUUAUUCAAUACAUAUCCGUAGUAUCCAGUAAUUAUUUGUUUUCCUAUCAAACCUGUACAACGAAGCGUGUAGUUUAAAUAAAUGAUGUAUGAACUAAUUAUCGUAUAAAUAUUAUUAUCUAUCUUUGUGUUGUUGGUUUUAUUUAUUGUGUCUCUCGUUAAAACAGACGUAGUGUGGCUCACAUUGUCUGCACUC